AGCCUCUAUCAGAUUGCGUAUUCUCAUCAUUGGAUAUUCAAGAUGAAAUACUUUGAGGUCCUCAUGGCCAGUACUGCGAUGGGUAUCAUUAUGUCAUUCUAUCAGGAAGAACCAGAUGUGCUAUCUUCUUUUGUCAGAAAGAUCAUGUUUCAAUUCUUUCAGAAAAACUAAACUUAUAUACCCCACACACACACACACUCAGGCACACGCAUAGAGAGACAAUGUCGGAAAAUUAAUUUUCCCCAUCUUUUUCCCUUUUUCUUUUUUAUUCUUUUUUUUUAUACAUAUACAACUUAUGAGAUUUUCGUCAUUGAGUGCAGAACUGGAUGCCAUUACAAAAGAAUUUGAUUAUGGUAUUGUUCCAGGUUCAGCCACUGUCUUUGUUCGAGACGAGGUUAAUAAUAUUGGAAGACUUGACUUAACCUUGCUUGAAGGUGUGAUGAUUGUUGUUGAAGUAACAGACCAAGGUUAUAGAGUCACUUCUUGUUCACCACUUUGUAAUGUCGACCCUGCUUUAUCUACUGCUCAAAACGUACAAGCUCACCUCGAACACAAUUUUGAAACAAUGGAAAACUUAUUGAUGACCAUUUCACCCAUGUUCCGUGAGCGCUUUCAACAGGCUCUCUAUGAUAAACUACAAAGUGUACAGUCUCAACAGCUCGAACCUAGUUCAGGGAAACAACAACAACAACAACAACAAAAUGAUACCAUGACCGCUCCUCAUUCUUUUGAUGAAUGGAUCAAUUAAGUUAUUCAAUAAAGAUUAUAUAUAUAUAUAUUUCAUUUCUAUUCAAUUCCUGUUGG